GUUUUUCUUCCUCCGAUCGAGCCACCUGGGGGGGGACCCCAUACGCCGCCGCCGACGCCGCCGCUCGCGCACUUGCCGCGGAUCAAGGAGGAUUUCUCGCGCUGCUCGGUUGGACCCGCGUGGAAAGUCCGCUACUCUGAUGCCGCAGCCGCACGCGUGGGUCAUGCGCUGCACCUGACGCCCCCCCUCCCACACCGCCCACCCACCUCCGAUUGUUUUUUUUGUUUUUUUGUGCGUGUUUUUAUUAUUAUUUUCUACACGGACGAAUUCUUUCUUGGAAGAGCUGAGAAGUUGCUACGCACUCCGCGGCAGCCCACGCGGACCCCAUAUCGACCACGCGGACUGUUUGGCGUGUUUUCUUUUGAUAUUAUUAUAAUUUUUUCCCCUUUGGCUGCUGCACCAUCGAGGCGAGACGGCGACCUCAGUCGAUUACCUUUCUUUGCUCUGCUAUCCCAUGGAUAUUCACUGCAAAGCAGACCCCUUCUCCGCCAUGCACCGGCACGGCGGCGUGAACCAGCUCGGCGGGGUGUUCGUGAACGGCAGACCCCUGCCGGACGUGGUGCGGCAACGGAUCGUGGAGCUUGCCCACCAAGGGGUCCGCCCGUGUGACAUUUCCAGACAGCUCCGGGUCAGUCACGGCUGCGUCAGCAAAAUCCUCGGCAGGUACUACGAGACGGGGAGUAUUAAACCGGGGGUGAUCGGGGGGUCCAAACCGAAGGUGGCGACCCCGAAAGUGGUGGAUAAGAUUGCAGAGUACAAGCGGCAGAACCCGACCAUGUUCGCCUGGGAGAUCCGGGACCGGCUAUUGGCCGAAGGCGUGUGCGACAACGACACCGUGCCGAGCGUCUCGUCCAUCAACAGGAUUAUCCGCACCAAAGUCCAGCAGCAGUUCCACCCGUCCCCCGACGGAUCCGUCACGCCGCUCUCCACGCCGGGACACACCAUAGUACCCAGCACAGCCUCCCCGCCUGUGACCAGCGCCUCCAACGAUCCCGUAGGAUCCUACUCCAUCAACGGCAUCCUGGGAAUCCCCCGCUCCAACGGCGAGAAGAGGAAACGAGAUGAAGUUCUCUGGACUGGCAACCACUUGGACGGAAGGAAAAUCGGACAUUGCGGUUCUGACGGUUCCAUCCCGGGCAGCGAUUCUCAGGGCAGCGUGGAGAGUUUAAGGAAGCACCUGCGAGCCGACGCGUUCACCCAACAGCAGUUGGAGGCCCUGGACCGCGUUUUUGAACGCCCCUCCUAUCCGGAUGUCUUUCCCACCUCCGAACACAUCAAACCCGAGCAGGCGAACGAGUACUCACUCCCGUCCCUGAACCCCGGCCUGGAAGACGUGAAGCCCAGCCUCUCCAGCAGCGGCAGCUCCGACCUGGCCUCCAGCGUCUCCCAGAGCUACUCGGUUGUGACAGGUCGAGACAUGGCGAGCACCACCUUACCAGGCUACCCGCCUCACGUCCCCCCAACGGGGCAAGGCAGCUACCCCACUUCUACACUCGCCGGAAUGGUUCCAGGCGGGGACUUUUCUGGAAACCCUUAUUCUCAUCCACAAUACACGACUUAUAACGAAGCAUGGCGGUUCAGCAAUCCAGCGUUACUAAGUUCCCCUUAUUAUUAUAGUGCCGCAUCCCGUGGCUCCGCACCUCCCACUGCUGCCGCUGCCUACGACCGCCACUAGUUACCAUGGAGACCGGCUCAAACUCCAAGGCCACGGCUUGGGUCUCCAUAUUGUCCCCGUCUGAGAAAACACUGAGGUCAAAGGGAAUUUGUGAGGAAAGGAAAAGCCACCAGGUCACGCGGACUCGAGGAAGGAUGGUUGCCAACACGUCAGCGUCACACAUUUUGGGCCAUAAGAGUCACCGCAAACAUCAAGCUGUCCCACAGCCCCGAACAUCUCCAGACUGACUUUUAAGAGAUUAUAUAAAUAUAUAUAUUGUGGAAGACGUGUGAAGAGUCCAUGUGGGGGGAAAAAAAACAUGAAGUGGGUUUUUAUUUUUGCCGCUUUUUUGCUGUUAUUGGUGUUGUUCUUUUACUCAUGCACCCUUCACCAUCCUUUUACAUCAUGAACGACAGUAUUUUUCUGUUCUUAAAGACCCUGUAAAGUGAAAUCUGAGAUUUGGUUCUAAUGACAUGAUACAGUUUCGAAGAUAAUGAGAAAUAUGUGGUAUCCUAUUUGGCGGUAUAGCGUUGAAUUGAUUUUCAGAAUUUUUUUUGCGCCCAGUGAUGCACUUUGGCGUCAGGCCUGCCUUCCGUACAUUUUUGUUGCUAUCAGUGGUUAUCCGGUGCAAGUGUAAAUGACAUCGUAUCAAGCGUUAGCUUGUUAGCUAGCUAUGGCUGCAUACUAAAAAUGCAUUGUCCCUAAAGGCCACAAAUUACUGAACUGCUCGAUGUUGUUAUUUAAAGUGAGAAGGUGUACUCCUCUACAGCUCAUCCUUCGGUUAGCUGGCAAGCUAGCUGUUAGCUAGAACCUCUCGCUGUGGCGUGACUUCACAAUUAUGAAGUUUUGAUCACUAAAAUUUGGCAGCCCCGUCUUUGUGGUGUGUCAAAUGUGGAAGACAUUUAUUUCACUUUACAUGAACUUUAAAAUGAGACAACCAAGAGGGACGAUGGUAAAGAGAAUUGUUGAGAAUUUGACGCAAAUUUCCAUCAUGGCACCACGCCGUAGGGACGUCUUGAUUCUGGUGCUUCAAUAUUUCCUCUUUGUUGAUCCCACAAAGAAAUGGCAGCGUCAUCUCCGGAUGUGGCAAACAAUCAAAUGUAAAUUGUUUUUCCAAAAUAAACAUGUCGACUCGGAAUUUUAAAUGUUAAAUUAUUUUUUUCCUGUCACAAAUUGUAAUGUUUAAAAAAAAAAAAAAGAUUUUGAGCAUAGUUACAUUUUGCUAGUAUUCCAAUUAUGUCCAUGAGAAUCCUUGGCUCCUUUUUUGCACUGUAACCUAGUUUUUUCCAAAUUCUCUGAUUCAGAAUUUUUUUUUUAACAAGAGCAAUGAGGUGUGCAUAGUAGAAGUUAGUGGACUUUGUAAGCCAUAGCUUCUUGGCUAUACUAAAAAAUCCUAUUCAGCUACUUUGUCAUACCACUAGAUGCCUCCAGUUGAGCAUACCAACUGUAAAUUAGCUACGUACGCCUUAUAAAACUAUUUGUUCCACGCCAUGCCACUUCAGUAACGUUCACAACAUUUACAACUGUCCUUUGCCUCACGUUUAACUCUCGUGGACUGAAAGAAAAUACUGUUUUUUUUUUUUACUGUUUUGUGAAUGUACUUUAACUACAUUUGCCAAAGACUUAGUUUGAUAUUUAAUAUUUUAUUUACAGUGUGCAUAAACGAAGCAGUAUUAUCUCCGAUAAACGUCACGUCGCUAACAACACGACGAGCGAGGUCGAAUCCGGCGACUCUUGUGUUCCCGCUGCUUUGUAGAAUGAUUUGUGAAUAUUGUGAAGACAAUUCCUUCCUUUGUAAAUAUUGUCACACGACUGAAGCGGCUCCCUUUGUAGAUAAACAGACCGAUGCAUUUACAUGUGUGUCUUAAUUGUUACGUUGUGCUGUAGAGGAAGGCGCAACUGCUGUGUAAAAACCCCGGGCUACAUGCUAACAGUAGCAGGCUAACGUCACAAAAAUGGUAGGCCGUCCUUGUCCAUUUCCUGUCCAUGAUAACGCCAUGAUGAUGUUUUUAGGUCACUAUGCAACAAGUUAAAUGGCUUUCUGUAUCAUCUUUUGUUCUUGGGCUUCGGACUAACGGAGAAAAAUGGUCUCUUCAAUUCAACGAAUCUGUGGCAAAAAAAAAAAAAAAAAGAUAUAUACGGCAUUAACUGCUGUCCCAGCCAUUUAUAGAUGUUGUGAUCAUUGGGUUUACCCAAUUUACGGUCAGCUCUCAAUGUAUAGACACAUUCAUCUCAUUCCCGCCUCCUAGUGAACCCGUCUACUGUACAUCCUCUGGUACCAUGAUGAUGUCAGAGAAACAGACUGCCACACUGGCUUAUUUCUGUCUACAUGCAGCUGGACAUGUCUGAGGGCAGAGUGCACGCCACCAUCAUUUGGACGGGAAUCUUAGCUGUGCUAAGUGGAGCACCUCUGAGCGAGCAGCUCUGUUGUAAAGAUGAUACGGGAGAUGUGUCAUGGACGUUAAAAAAAAAAAAGAUUUCUGAGGAGAAAAUCUAUAUGGGAAGCCCUGUGGCCUCAAUCAUUGCUCUGUUUCACUUCUGUUCCAAUUCCU